UUUAUUAUUUAGUUAACAUGGUGCUGGAUGUGUUUUUACUAUCACUCCUCUCACAACUAAUAUUCCCCACUGCAGACCGUGGCACUUCCCAUUUGGGAGAAGUCUCCCUCCGCCGCAUGUAGAGCCGUCUGAACGGAGACAGAGCCUCAGUCAGUCUGCUGGCAUAGAGGGAGGCUGCAGCGACUUCUUCGUUUCUUUAUUUCUCACAGGUAUCUCACUCCCUUCCUCGCCAGAACAAGCCACCUGGAUUAAAAAAAUAAAUAAAUUAAUUAAAAAAAACUAAGAAAAGAAAACAACAUCUUUUCCGACGUGCACUCCAUCCGAUGUGAAAGAGACAGAGAGGGGAAAGGAGAGCAGAUAAAACCGAAGAGAAAUGGGAGCGUUCAGGGUGCUGCUGGGGAGUUUACAUUACAUGGGACUCUACAUGCAACUUAGUGUCUCCACAAGGCAAGCUGGACAUGGCGAGAGAGAGAACCACAUCUCUGGGAACGCCAUGUUCACAGAGGUGCCUCAUGAUACGAUUGCUCAGAGAGGUCAAGAUGUAGAGAUGGCUUGCUCCUUCAGAGGGGCAGGAACGCCCUCAUAUUCACUGGAGAUCCAGUGGUGGUACAUCAGGAACCAUCUUGACUGGACGGACAGACAGCCCUGGACAACCAAUGAAGUGGCUCCUGAGGAGGAGAUGCCAAAGGAUGCUACAAAGAUAAGUGUUGUGAAGGUUGUAGGAAGCAACAUCUCCCAUAAACUCCGCCUCUCCCGGGUUAAGCCGUCUGAUGAGGGCACCUAUGAAUGCCGUGUCAUCGACUUCAGCGAUGACGCAGGUGCCCGCCACCACCGUGUCAGAGCCUACCUGCAGGUGGUGCCAGAGAGCGACAUCAUCAACAGUAACCACAACGACAACUUCGAGGCCCUGGACGAUACCAAGGGAGGAGUGGCUUUCGUUGACGGGGAUGACAUGGAGUCUCACGGUGGCACCAAAGAGCACACUCACGGCCAUCACCAGAAUCACGGGGACCACCAGGAGCACGGCAAGCGGCCUUCAUCGCCCGCACACCACGGCCACAGCCACAGCAGCAACAGUCAGCAGCACAAGGCAGGCAGAGAGAGGAAGAGGGAUGUUGACAGUAACCACAGCCACAAUGACUGCACCAACGAGCCAAGCUGUACGCUGUAGAUGUUGGUUUAUUACACCUGAGUGAUAGAUUAGACAAGGAUUGCAUAACAUGAUGUGUGUCACAGCAUAAAAAGCUAUUCUUCCCACACAGUGCAAGCCUGUGCACAAAUCCAGAAUCCCUAGAAAUGUACAGUAUAGCUUAUUCAGAGCACAGUGCUGUAAACUGUGAUGGGAAUGUAGCUUUUCUUGCUGUGCAUGGGUCUGGUUUGGACUGCUCACUGUCUGCCUGGCCUCACGACAUUCAGCACCGGGGGCUGAUGUGUAGAUCCAAGCAGCUCCACUCUUUCUGUUCUCAGCACAGACAAAAAAGACUUGUCUUACUAUUAACCCAUGCUCUGUUCCACUCUUGUACUUUAGAUACUGUAAAUAACACAAACCUGCUUUCAUGCUCAUACUUCUUCCACUGCCUUACUCUCUCAUUUGGUACACUCUCAGAAAAAAAGUAUAUGCUCGGUAAAAGAAAAUGUUCCUUUUAUUCUGAGAGUGCACUGAAUGAAACUCAACCAACAGUAAUUCUUUCCUGGAAAUUUUGUCAAGUCUGAUUCUUUAGCUUUUUACCUAGAGCACUAGCUUCAUUACAUCUUUUUGUAUUCAAAUAAUGGACAUGAACAUGGUGCAAAAUCUGUAUAUACCUGAAAUUCAGCAAGUUAUUCCGUGUUUACUCGCAGGGAGAAAGAAACAUGCUUUCUUCAGCAGGAAUUCAAUAAGGUCCCAGAGCAGCAGUGCUCAUCAAGGACAGAUACGGUCUCAAUUAAUUUGAGCUGGAGUAAAUACAGUGGCAGUGUAGAAAGUGUGGGAUUUCUUUCAUUUUUGCGCAAUUCAAACAAAGCACAUCACAGGCUGUAUUUUCCCCACAGCGCUUUUGAGCUUGUGAAUUUGCAGCGCAACAGAAAAUAUGAUUUCUGUUCACCCCUUGCGCUGCAGGUUCGAUCCAUUCAUGGCUGUUCAGGCUGAAAGAAAUCAAUCGAGUUGUUCCAUGUGGACCCCACCUGUUUGGAAAGCCAUGAAAAGAUCAAAAUCUGACUUGGUGUGCCUCUGAAUCCACUCUGUGACUACAAAUCAGUGGAAGAAAUGGGAUUUUGGUGCAAGAUACUUUUUUGGCAGAGCAGUGCUGUAUUCCUAUCCUAGUUUAGUUCCCUUAUUCCGAUGCUCUGGCCCAGUGCUCAUCAAUCAUUUAAAAAGCCUCAAUCCUCUCCACUACAAGCCUCUAAUCCACUCUGUAUAUAUGACUGUAUAAUAUGAAAUAAAGUGAGUGCAUGUUCAGUAAUUUUCUUAAAAACUUUUGCAACCAACCAUACACCAAGACAAUGUGUUAGUUAAAGAUAUUUUUGUCAUUUAAAAGUUUGGUUCAUGUUAAAAAGAAGUGUCCAUUCUGUUAGAGAUCCUUUUUUUUUCCUCCAAGCAGUUUUCCAUUGCUUUACUGCUCUCCAGAAGUGCUGUACAGACAGAUGAAUGACACAUUCCCUUCAUAGCUGCUCAGAAAGGGGUUUCCCUAAUGUAUCUUAGUACUUAUGCAGUGUUUCUCAAACUACUGUACUGUAUGUGCAGGUCCACAAACAUGAGUUUGUUCCGUGUUUUAAUGAGCUUGAACGUGGGAUUAAUUUUGUGCAGUUUGGGACUUGGUUUGAAAAGGUUUGAGAGGCCAUUUCACUUCUGCCAAUUUUGUAACUCGAUGAUAAUCUCUUUGCUUAGAUGCUUGUGUGAAGCACAGGACAAUACUUCAUACUGAAGGUAUCAAAUGGGACAAAGUGAAUGUGGGUAACAUAUUGGAUAAAGCCUUGAGCAGUGAGGGCGAGAAGUAAGAGGAAAAUGUUGUUAGUGAAACACUGAAAUUGGCUGUCUCAACUGCCUCAAAAUACAAUCUGUGGCUCAAGGCCAUGAGGGGCUUUACUUCUGUGCUGUAUUAUCCAUCAGAGCAACUACAGCUCUCUUGUUAUUGUUGGCAGUCUCUGUAGACUGGGAGGGUGCUUUAGUCGAAGGAGGAGUGACCUGUGGGAUUGUUUUUUUCAACAAGUAACUUUGAUUUGAUGUUUUGUAAAGAAGAGAUCACUGUUACAAGAGAGGGAAAAUGUACAUUUCUUCUACAAUGUUUGGUCUCACACUAAGUGUAUGGCUUUAUCAAAUGAAAUAAAUUGUAUAUGAAAUAACAGUGAA